GAAAAAACGACUUUCUCUUGCUUUUUUACACGUCUUAAGACAUUAUAUACCACCAUGCAUCAAUCGACAGGAAGCAAAUUUACACUUGACUCACUUAUGACAAGGGUGUUACCUUCACUUGAUGUCACAGUACCCAUUUCCACAGAGGGAACAAAGAAGUUCAAGCGUAUCAGACCUGUAACAUCCACAACCCUAACAGCACCUAACACUCCUACCGCCCUUACUUCCUCUACUACUACCACCACCACUACUGCUAACAUUACUGCUAUCCCUGCCACCGAAAUCGCUGCGACCGCUUCUGCUGAUAUUGGUGUUACAACAACAUCCUUAGGAUCAAAAUUAGGAUCACCCUCGCAUCAACUAAAGACAUUUAAAGAUAUUGAGAAUGGAGCCAUACCGAUCCAAACAGCCUCAUCAUCAUCAACAGCAACAGGAACAGAAUCACAAACAGCAACAGAAGCAGGAACAGGCAUUACAAAGAGUGCUAAUAAGAAGAGGAGAAGGAAGCACCGAAAAGCAGCAGAAAAGGUUGCAGGGAAGCCAGAAACAAUAGGAAAAGCAAGAGCGGCAGGAACGAUUACGGGGACAGCGAUAGAGACAGAAACAGGAACAACAAUAAUGUCCAGUCUUGAUACUACAGAGGAUCAGGGGGGAAAGACUAGAAAACAAAGAAAGAUUGAGCAUUCACCAUCACGCCAGCAUGAGUUAAGAAAAAAGAAAUUACGCCGGGAUUUUGAUGCAAGACCGGAACUUGUUGGUAUAUCCAAGGAGGAAGACUUUUCAACCCUAUUAGUUAAGCAUGUAGAGGAAACGAAUAAGAAGCUUCAACGGGAUUUAGAGAAACAAAGUCAAGAGAUGGAGGCUGCACAACAAAAGCAAGCUGAGCAACUCUUGAAGGCCACUCUGGGAACAGCUUCUUUGACAACAGAGCCUGAAGCGCAACGAAAGCAACAGCAACGGCAACAACAAGAGAAAAAAGGAUCGGAUCAAAAGAUAAAUCCUCAUAGCCCGUCGUUUGUACCACGAAAGAACUGUAACUUCUGGUUGAAAGGACAUUGUAGAAGUGGAGUGAAUUGUACAUUCAGGCAUGAUCCUGCUUUAAGGAACACAGCGUCCACCACGACGACGCCAACAAUAAGUGAUAUAGCAAUUGCACAAAACUAUGUUUAAAUAUUUAAAGAUAAAAAAUUGAU